AUGGGGUUUUACAAUGAUGCAUGCGUGACAUUUGAAGUCUACGUGGCACAAGAGACACUUGCUUCAACAUGUGUGCAACAGAUAUUGUGUGCACAGUCAAUGACACAAAUCCACACAGGUUUUUUGUACAUUGGUCUGGCGCCUACUAUGCUGUGUUUACAGAUUAAAUUUCAUUACUCGAGUGCGUUUGCAGAAUUCGCCAAAUCUUACCUAGAAAUCAACAAAUACACACAAAUGCACAAAAUAGCUGAUCGAAAGAGUAGUGGCCAAAGCGGUGAAAAGAAAAAUGAUUGUUCUGUAAGAAAUCUGGUUGAUCGGUCCAACCGUAGCAAAGAUAUUGAGAAUCAGAUUAAGCAUUUAAAUUGCACAUGCGCCCUGGUGUCAAUGAAAUCGAGCAGCAUUGUCAAUGCAAGUUCCUCAUUCCGUGGUGGAAUGCUCAUGCAAGGGGAACGCCAGCUCCUUGAACAUAAAACACUGUAUUGUUCUAGAGGGGACAGAACUCAUGGUUGGUUAGAUAGUGAAAAGUGCUGUAAAAUAUUGCCUGUGAUUCAAGCCACGAACACUUUUCAGAUAAUGCGUUUUGUUUUUCUUAAGCAUCUGCCGAGAUCAGAUCGUAGCUCCAUUUAA